GGAGUCGUCCAAACACUACCAUAUAUUUGGUUGACCACCUCGCCACAUCACAAGGCUAAUUCAUCCGUGUUAAUUUCUUAGUUUAACUUCUUUUACAAUGUCCUCAUGUUGCAGAGAAAGUUGAUGGAAUCAGCAUCUACCUAAAUAUACAUUCUCAUGAUAAUGCUUAUAUAAAGCCAUGUUCCUCAAACAACCAAUUCCACCACUUCCUUUAGCUUACUAGUCUCUUGUGUCUUCUCAGGUGUUUAGAGACUUAUAUAUAGAAAGAUGAGCUGGACAGGAGGAGACUGGCUAUGUGGGGCGUGUCAGCACGCAAACUUCAAAAAAAGAGAAGCAUGCCAGAAAUGUGGAUACCCCAAGUUUGGAGGGGUAGAUGUGUCAACGUACUUGUACAAUAGGACUGAGGUUUUGGCUGGUGAUUGGUAUUGUGGUGCAUUGAAUUGUGGGAGUCACAAUUACGCAAGCCGCACAAGUUGCUAUCGAUGUGGAAUGAUCAAAGUCGAGUAUACAGAUCAGUACUACGGAGCUCAAAUGGUUGCUUACGGGAAUGAUGCCGGGGCUUGUCCUCCCGGCUGGAAAACUGGCGAUUGGGUUUGUCCAAGGGUCGGUUGUGGGGUUCAUAACUACGCUAGCAGGGUUGAAUGCUUCAAAUGCAAGACAACAAGAGAUUACGGUGGCGUCUAGAUGGAAGAGAAAGAGGAAUCACCAUUUUAUUGUAACUGUAAUUGUCACGUAUUUUCAACAAGUGUUACCAGUUUCUAACAUGCAAGACGCCUUCUUACGUUGACUGAUAAUUCUUCAAUUUUGUGCAAAUCACAAGAUAGUAACAAUUUUAUUCGGAUUA